GUCAUUUGUCAGUUGUCACUUCAAAUGUCACCAGUCACGAAAUUUCAUGAAAGGAAAAAUACGCGUGAAAAAGUCAAAGCGGCGCGGCGGUCUACGGUCAAAUGUUUUCAUCAUGCAAUAGACUGUGAUAAACCAAGUGUCUUUCAUGAAUUAACAGAUAUAAUGGAAUAACUUAUGGUAUAAUAUAUCAUACAACAUGAAGCUCAUUUUUAAAAGCAUUGAAAAAGAUGGAUGCGGGAGUAUCGGGCUCAUCCCGGAAGAGCCGGAGGACAUGUGGCACGCGUUCAACCUGAUCGCUGAAGGAGACGCUGUAACUGCAUCGACAGUUCGUAAGGUCCAGACGGAAUCCUCGACUGGCUCCUCAACAAGCAACAGAGUGAGAACCACUCUUACAAUCACCGUCGAAAACAUUGAUUUUGACACGCAAGCAUGUGUUUUGCGACUAAAAGGUCGCAAUAUUGUGGAGAAUCAGUAUGUCAAGAUGGGGGCAUAUCAUACAUUAGAUUUGGAAUUAAAUAGAAAAUUCACAUUAAAGAAGGCACUAUGGGAUUCUGUGGCAUUGGAGAGAGUCGACACAGCCUGUGAUCCCGCAACAAAUGCUGAUGUGGCUGCUGUAGUGAUGCAGGAAGGGCUUGCACAUGUCUGUCUGAUCACACCAUCAAUGACAUUAGUGCGGUCGAAGAUUGAUAUGAACAUACCAAGAAAACGAAAAGGAUUUGUGCAACAACAUGAGAAAGGUCUAAACAAAUUCUAUGAUGCAGUUAUGCAGGCAAUACUGAGACCAAAAAAUGUGGAUUUCAACAUUGUAAAGUGUGUGAUCAUAGCAUCACCUGGCUUUGUCAAAGAUCAAUUUUUUGACUACAUGAUCCAGCAGGCCAUCAAAACUGAUAACAAACUUUUAUUGGAUAACAGAGGAAAGUUUUUAUUAGUUAAGGCAGCAUCUGGUUUUAAACAUUCUUUGAAAGAAGUCUUACAAGAGCCUGCAGUAUUAGCCAAGAUUUCAGACACAAAAGCAGCGGGAGAAGUGAAAUUAUUGGAAAGUUUCUACACUAUGUUACAGUUGGAACCUGCUAAAGCUUUUUAUGGAAAAAAGCAUAUAGAUAAAGCUAAUGAGGCACAAGCCAUUGAGACUCUGAUGAUUUCUGAUAAACUAUUCAGAUGUCAAGACAUUCAGAAAAGGAAAGAGUAUGUAGCAAUAGUAGAUAGUGUCAGAGAGAAUGGUGGAGAUGUCAGGAUUUUUUCCAGUAUGCAUGUGUCUGGUGAACAAUUAGACCAACUUACGGGGAUUGCAGCUGUGCUGCGGUUUCCUAUGCCGGAGCUCGAAGACAGUGACGCUGAGGAUGGAGAUAGUGAAAGUGAUUCCGAUUAGUAAAAUAUAAUAUUAUUUAAAAUGACAAUUUAAGUUACAUACUGUAGUAAUUAUAUUUGAUCUGUAUACUGUAAUCGUUAUUAAUUACACAGAUAUUGUUACUAUACUCAUAGCAAAGUUGCUCUAUAAGACUAUUUAUAACUUCAAUUAGAUUUCUUUUAUUAUUUUUGAUAACUUUUAUGUAAGUUGCUUAAGUAAAAAUAAUACAAUUAAUUAUUCAUGAUUGACAAAUGCUACAUUUGAUCCUCGUUGUUUUUGUGUUGUAAUGCCCUGUCAGUUACUGUUGUAUUGAAUAUGUAUUUGUUGCGAUUAUGUAAAUACAAUGUAUAUGCAAUAGCUCAAAUAAAAUACUAUUUUGUUACAAA